UUGACAAUGCUCUCUCAUGUCCCUCUGUUUCGGUUGCUAGGGAGGGGAGACAGUCCUAGGCAACGUUGUACGCAAAUCUCCAGCCGAGACGCGAGAACCAGGAUAACGUACACUAGUUUGAGAUAUCAAGAGGCGACAGUGAAGAGUGGACCGAGCGACAGCGCGCAACCGAUAGUUUUCAUAGUAGCCAAAUUGAAAAUUCUCCAUUUUGUAUACAGGCGACGGUCUAGUGACUUUGGGCACCAAGAUGACGACAUUAACGAUGCCCGAAAUGCGCAACCGUCAUCACCAAAGCAAGAGUGAGUGAUCACCAAAGUGGACUUCCCUUUUGCUCUUUCACUUUGCCGCUGGCCAGGUCAACACAUCACAUCACCACACAGCUGCGUAGCCGCCUGCGCGUCAAGCUGGGCUCCGACUCGCUCGCUCUCUCGACGGACGGAAUAUACAGUCAUCACGGAAAAGAACAUCUAGCGCGAACGUAUCCACUUUUUUUGGGGAGGUAAUUCUUGUUCUGCGUUCUCACGUCAUACGAUCAGUGGAACAGGUGACACUGACAUCUGCUCCGUCUGUCGAGCAGAAUUCAAGCUCAUAUGGAAACUAAAAUGAAAUGUGUAAAGCCUGCGGUUGUCGUGUGUCACACAGGGCUGAAAACAUAUCUACUGAAAACUUCCAUGGAGUAAAGUAGCCGACAGUAAGACGCGGACAGCAUCAACAUGAACAUAUGAUACCCAAAUGGCAAGUUUGCUUCUGUUGGAAGUUUGUGGAGCCAUUUUAUCUGUUCUGGGAAGACAUUUAUAGUCUUAUUUACAUUGGUUGACUGCUCUGUCUGACUCCAAACAGACACGAAGAGACUAUGUUUUAUCAUCAACAUUCAGCUUUAUAUUGUUGAGUUAAAUUAUUAUUAUUAUCACUUCUGUAAACACUACUCUGCUGCUUUUGGUUGUUGUUGAUAAUACGCCUCUAAUUGGCUUAUCCAUCCCCCCCACCUCAUCCUUUCAACUGUUCCCCAGGUCCUUGCUGUAAAUGAGAAUGUGUUCUCAGUCAACUUACCUGCUAAAAUAAGGGUAAACAUAUAUAUAUAUAUUUUUACAAUUACAAGUAAAUCAAUGUUAUUGUAAUGUGUAGAUGUCAGUUGACACUUCAUCUAAUGUGGGGCAGUCAGACAGUGCCACUUCUAGUACCAUGUGUUGGUCUGUGGCUGCUGAGCUAGCAGAGAGCAAUCACUGGCCUAUUAAGGAACACAAUGCCCCCUGUUGCUGCGGGUCCUGCCACUGGAUCCUUUCUCACCAGUUCAGAGCCUCCGACCGGGCUGACCAGCACCAGCCUCAGUUCAGAGUAGGAGCCUCCGACCGGGCUGACCAGUCUCAGAACCAGCGCCAGCCCCAGCCAGACCAGCCUCGGACACAGACACGACCAGCCUCAGAACCAGCCUCGGACACGUCUUCAGACACUGUCCUAUCCUGACCAGCUUCAGCCUCAACCCCAGACAGUGUCGAAGCUUCAGUCUCAGUCUCAGUCCCAACCCCAGUCUCAGACAAGGCUUCAGCCUCAUCCCCUGAUUCCAUCCUGACUCAGCCAGUAUCCAACGGCAGGCUGCCGGGCCACGGGUGUAGCAACGGGCGUAGCAACGGGCGUAGCAUGGGCAACUCCUCCAGGAAGGAGGAGGAUGAGGAAGAGAAGGAUGGGGAUGGGGAGAAAGUGAAAGUAAUGGAGGAGGAGAAGAGGAGGAGGAAGAAGAAGAAAGAGGAGGAGAUGGAGGACGAUGAGCUUCCCCUAGGUGUGGAGGAGAUGCUGGCGAGCGGAGAUCCCGUCUUGGAUCUGAGCUAUAAGAAGUUCCGCAGGUUGCCCGGUGUGAUCUGUGGGCUACGCCACCUGGAGAAGCUGUAUGUCUGUGGUAACAGCCUGCGGACCCUCCCGGAGAACAUCGUCCAACUAAAGGGCCUCCGCAUCCUGGCUCUAGACUUUAACAAGAUGGAGGACGUCCCGUUGGCCAUCUGCCAGCUCCGCAACCUGACACGUCUCUACCUGGGCUCCAACCGCCUGAUAUCUCUCCCUCCAGAGCUACGCAACCUUCAGAGCCUUCGCUGCCUCUGGAUGGAGAGCAACUACUUCACGUGCUUCCCCCGCCAGCUCUACGAUUUACCCCACCUCAGGUCCCUCCAGAUGGGGGACAACAGGCUACGGACCCUGCCCCCGGACCUGUGGCGUAUGGAGGCUCUGCGAGGGCUAUGGUUAUACGGGAACCGUUUCACAGAGUUUCCCCGUGUCUUACUCCGCAUGGUGGAUCUGGAGAUCUUAGACCUGGACAAGAACAAGAUCGCGGUGUUCCCUAAUCUGAGUCGGCUCCCCGCCCUCCGCCUCUUUUCCUACGACCACAACCCCGUGGAGGGGCCUCCCGGCGUGGGGGAGGAGGUGCUGCUGGUUGGGGAGGGGGCCCAGGAGGAGCUCCAGGAUCGGGCAGACAGGAAGGCUAAGAAGGAGCAGGAUGUGAGGGAUGCGGAGGAGGCUGUGCUGGCCGGGGAUGGGCCUGUGAUCCAAGGCAUUCUAAAAACGGCCAAACAGAACAGUGCAUCGCACGCUGGGCACAAGUACAACGAGGUGGUAACCGAAGCGAUGCCCCUAACCGAGGAGGAGAGGAGGAAGAAGGAGAUGGAGGCGGAGUUAGAGAGGGCGUUGAACGACUACGGGGCGGGGCUUGAGUAUGACCUGGAGGGGAUAGAAUAUGACAAGGAGGAGCUUAUAUGUGAGGGGGAGGGGUAUGAGGUUGGGGAUUUGGAGUACGAACGAGGAGAUAUGGACUAUGAGUAUGAGGAGGGGGAGGAGCUAGAGGAACCAGGAAGACAAGGGGGCCGGCAUUGAUGACUGACUGAUUGACUCCUUCUCCUGCAAAGGCUCUGACUCCUGCCCUCCUAAGUCUAGACUUGUUUGACCUUGCAGCAGACAUUGCAGGCGACUGACUGAUCUACAAGCCACCUUGCAUCAUAAAUAGCUACUUCGAAUUAUUUGUAGAUCAGUCAGUCACAAUUUACCAACAAUGCAUCACGGAUUCGAUGCUCUCAGACACAGCCUCUCACCCCUCCCCUUCCUAAACCUAGGACCCAUCCCCUUCCUAAACCUAGGACCCCUCCUCUUCCUAAACCUAGGACCCAUCCCCUUCCUAAACCUAGGACCCAUCCCCUUCCUAAACCUAGGACCCCUCCCCUUCCUAAACCUAGGACCCCUCCCCUUCCUAAACCUAGGACCCCUC